AUGACGCAUAGUUGCACCAUCAGCAACCACUUCGGUGUGAGUGGAAAAUGGCUUUAUGUAUGGCUCAUGGUAACGAAUUCUACGGCUAUGCUGCUGUUCGGAUACGAUCAAGGUGUAUUCGGUGGCAUCCUUACCCUUGAAGACUUUGAAGCACGCUUCCAACUAGAGGACAAUGAGACCCUCAAGGGUGUCAUCGUCGGGUCCUACGAUCUAGGCUGCUUGGUUGGGGCACUGGCAACGGGCCCGAUCGGAAAUUGGAUUGGUCGAAAGCGAUCUAUUUUGCUGGGAACAACUGUCAUGAUGAUCGGCGCGUUCAUGCAGUUCCUUGCUCCCAAUUUUGGGAUCAUGACGGCAGGACGUGUCAUCGCGGGUGUUGGGAAUGGCAUGAAUACUGCUACAGCUCCAGUAUGGGCUUCAGAGACUAGCAAGACAGCCAACCGUGGUAAGACGGGUAUGACAUUGAUGGUUAUCAACAUUGGUGGCCUGGCAGUAUCAUGCUGGAUGACUUCUUCGUCAAGUCCGAGCUUGCGUGGCGUUUUCCUCUUGCCUUUCAGCUCUGCUUCGUACUCGUCAUCUUUCUCACCGCCUUCUGGCUGCCAGAAUCGCCUCGAUGGCUCGCUAUGA